GAGCUCCGAUCCUCUGACGUCGACAGUGACGUGAAAAUGGCGUCCAGCGUUGUCCGACUCACUACACGCUGCUUAAUCGGUUCGUUUGGUUCUGGACAUCGAGGCGGAUAUUCUCUGACCGUCUUCUUCAAACGUGCAGGACUUUGUUCAGCGGCGGUGUCGCAGACGCAUCGAGGACGGACUUCGUUUAGUUUAUUAACCCACCGAGGACACGAAGACGCUGUGACAUUGAGCGGACUGACAGGACCAGGGUUUCACCAUGGACCCUGCACCUUCUUCCACACCAGCAGCACUGUGGCGAAGGAGCAGGACUUCUAUGAAAUCUUGGGCGUCUCCCGCGCCGCCUCACAGAAGGACAUCAAGAAAGCUUAUUACCAGUUGGCAAAGAAGUUCCACCCCGACACUAAUCCCGAUGAGCCAGAAGCCAAAGAGAAGUUUGCCAGGUUGGCUGAAGCCUACGAGACACUCAGUGACGCGGUGAAGAGGAAACAGUACGACACGUACGGAGCAGCAGGCUUUGACCCCAGUGGAGCCGGGGCCUCUCAGCACUACUACAGAGCAGGAGGCGCCAGCAUCGACCCUGAGGAGCUCUUCAGGAAGAUCUUUGGAGAGUUCACAGGAGGAGCGGGCUUUGGAGACGCUCACAGCAUGUUUGAGGAAACUCCCACGUUUGUGAUGGAGCUGACGUUUCUGGAGGCGGCGAAGGGCGUGACCCGGGACCUGCGCGUGAACAUGGAGGACAGCUGCCCCCGGUGCCGCGGAGCAGGCAGCGAGCCGGGCACCAAGGUGUCGGCGUGUCACUACUGCAGCGGCAGCGGCACGGAGACGCUCGCCACAGGCCCCUUCGUGAUGCGCUCCGCCUGUCGGCGCUGCGGCGGGAGGGGCUCCAUCGUGAACACGCCCUGCGCUCUGUGCCGGGGGUCGGGCCGGACCAAGCGCACGCAGACGCUUCCUGUGGCCGUCCCUGCUGGAGUGGAAGACGGUCAAACCGUGCGCUUGUCGGUGGGACAGAGAGACGUUCUCAUCACAUUCAGAGUGGAGAAGAGCCCGGUGUUCAGGCGGAGCGGAGCAGACAUCCACUCAGACUUGUUCAUCUCCAUAGCUCAGGCCGUCCUGGGCGGCACGGCCACAGCACUGGGUCUGCACCAGACCAUCAGGAUAGUGAUUCCCUCUGGAUGCCAGGCUGAUCAGGUGAUCCGGCUUGAGGGGAAAGGCAUUCGGAGGAUGAACAGCUACAGCUAUGGAGACCACUACGUUCACAUCAAAGUCAGAGUGCCCAAUAAACUCACCAGGAGGCAGCGCUCUCUGUUGCUAAGUUACGCUGAGGAGGAGACGGACGUCCAGGGGACGGUCACCGGUGUGAGUCGCUCAGCAGGAGGGGGCAGCAGCACCUCAGGCUCUGGAGCGAAGGCGACCGGCCGGGAGGAGGCCCAGAACACGCAGCAGGAGCCCAAGGAGGAGGGAGGCUUCUUCUCUAAGCUGAAGAAGAUGUGGAGCUGACGCUAAGGCCGCAGGUCAAAGAGGAGAGGAAGGAGGUCUCAUCUGCUGGAUCAGCCGUCAUGUUCUGAUUGUUCCCACCGUGUGGACAGAAGAGGUGAAACCAGACUGGUGGUGAUGCCGGUUCACCCGUUCACCACAGACCGGCGCUAGGCUGCGUCUGCCUUUUCUACUGUGCUGGAGAUGAUGACAGUCAGUGACUCUAUGUAAUGAAGGCACCAAACCACUGGUUUAAUUAGAACCAUGUGAUGCAUCAGUUCUUCAUCAUUAAACCAGAUGAACUUGAGAUGAUGAUAUUUAUCUGUUCUAGUGAAUAUUUAAUAAAACAAAGUUCUACAACACUUGGUUCUGUCACAGUGGUUCUCUUGGUUUGUUCUACCUGUUCAUUUGAAUAAUAAAAAUAUUCGUUGCCAUAA